AUGCUUUCAAUAAGGUCUCACAUCCUCAGAUCAUCAAAACGUCACAUCUCUGCCUCUGCAAAAAGACUAGCAGAAGUUGAAGUCACCGUUGACGGCAGAAAAGUUUCCGUCGAAGCAGGCUCAUCCAUCAUUCAAGCAGCACAAUUAGCCGGUGUUCAAAUCCCCCGUUAUUGCUACCAUGACAAAUUAGCCAUUGCUGGUAACUGUCGUAUGUGUUUAGUUGACGUUGAAAGAAUGCCCAAAUUGAUUGCUUCUUGUGCUAUGCCUGUACAAAAUGGUAUGGUUGUCCACACUGAUUCAGAAAGAAUUAAAAAGGCAAGAGAGGGAGUGACGGAAAUGUUGUUGGAAAACCAUCCAUUGGAUUGUCCAAUUUGUGAUCAAGGUGGUGAAUGUGAUUUACAAGAACAGUCUCAAAGAUAUGGGUCCGAUCGUGGUAGAUUUAAGGAGUUGGUUGGUAAAAGAGCUGUUGAAAACAAGGCCAUUGGACCAUUGGUGAAAACUUCCAUGAAUAGAUGUAUCCACUGUACUAGAUGUGUUCGUUUCAUGAAUGACGUUGCUGGUGCUCCUGAAUUUGGUACUUCUGGUAGAGGUAAUGAUAUGCAAAUUGGAACUUAUAUUGAAAGAAAUAUCAAUUCUGAAAUGUCGGGUAAUAUCAUUGACUUGUGUCCUGUUGGUGCCUUGACUUCGAAGCCUUAUGCAUUCAGAGCCAGACCAUGGGAAUUAAAGAGAACUGAAACCAUUGAUGUGUUGGAUGCCGUAGGAUCAAACGUUAGAGUUGAUUGCAGAGGUAUCGAAGUCAUGAGAGUGUUGCCUAGAUUGAACGAUGAUGUCAAUGAAGAAUGGAUUUCCGACAAGACCAGGUUUGCUUGUGACGGUUUGAAAACUCAGCGUUUGACCACUCCUUUGAUUAGAAAUGGCGAUAAAUUCGAAACCUCCACUUGGGAUGAAGCGUUGUCAACCAUUGCCGCCGCAUACUCCAAGAUUAAGCCACAAAAUGGUGAAUUGAAAGCUGUUGCUGGUGCUUUAGUCGAUGCUGAAUCCUUGAUUGCCUUGAAGGAUUUGGUUAACAAGUUGGGUUCUGAAAAUGUCACCACCGAUGUACCACAAGCUGUUGAUGCACAUGGUGUGGACAUUAGAUCAAACUACAUCUUCAACUCCACAAUUGAUGGAAUAGAAGAUGCUGAUCAAAUUCUUUUGGUUGGAACAAACCCAAGAUUCGAAGCUGCUACAUUAAACACAAGAAUAAGAAAAGUAUGGUUGAGAUCAGGCUUGGAAAUUGCAUCCGUUGGUCAAGAAUUUGACUCCACUUUUGAUGUUACCAGAUUGGGUGACAACGUCAAUGAUCUCAAAAAGGCACUCGAGGGUGAAUUUGGUGCAAAAUUAUCCAAGGCUUCAAAACCAUUAAUCAUUGUUGGUUCAGGUGUGGCCGACUCCAAGGACGCUCAGGCAAUUUACAACACCGUGGGUGAAUUUGCAUCAAAACACAAAAACUUCAACACUGACGAAUGGAACGGUGUCAACUUGUUGCAUCGUGAAGCUUCAAGAGCAGCUGCAUUGGAUAUUGGAUUCCAAAACUUGUCCACUGAACAAUCUGCAGCCACUCCGAAAUUCAUUUAUUUGUUAGGUGCCGAUGAAAUCUCCAACGCAGAGAUCCCAAAGGAUGCAUUUGUCGUGUACCAAGGUCAUCACGGUGAUGUUGGUGCUUCAUUCGCCGAUGUCAUUUUGCCUGGUUCGGCGUACACUGAGAAAUCCGCCACUUAUGUAAACACUGAAGGAAGAACCCAAAUUACUAGAGCUGCAACCAACCCACCUGGAGUAGCACGUGAGGACUGGAAGAUCAUCAGAGCCUUGUCUGAAUACUUGGGUGCUGCAUUGCCAUACGACGAUCUUGUGUCUGUAAGGUUGAGAUUGGGUGAAAUUGCCCCACAUUUGGUAAGACACGAUGUUGUUGAGCCUGUUUCUUCUGAAAUUGCUCAAAUUGGAUUCCUUGACUUGGUCAACAAGAACAAGAAUGCUAAAGCUAUUGGUGAGCCUUUGAAGAAUCCAAUUUCAAACUUUUACUUUACCGAUGUCAUAUCUAGAUCUUCACCAACCAUGGCUAAAUGUGUUGCUGCAUUUGGUGCUAAAAUAGACAAAAUAAAGGAUGAAAAACCUGCCAUCAACUUUUAA